GUAGCCAUUUUCUACAACAGCGUAUCAUAGUGCUGACUGUAUUAUUCAUUGUCAUUUACUUCCGCAUUUACAGAGGAUUAACGUUUACACACUUCCUGUGUGCGCGUGCGUGUGUUCGUGUUCAUUCACGUGACAUUCAGCGAGCCUCUGACUCCAGGCAAGCUGCUGAGAAGAACACAAAAGACAUCCAAACGAACGAAGACGUCCACCGAACGCUGCCAAGCAAACAGGAUGUUUUCUCUCGGGGAAAAGAUGGAGUUUCUUAUAGCAAACCCAUUUUCAACACCUGUUGGCCAGAGAAUCGAGCGAGCGACCAGCAGCUCUCGGCAGUCAGAGGAUUGGGGGCUUAACAUGGAGAUAUGUGAUAUCAUCAAUGAGACGGAUGAGGGCCCAAGAGAUGCAGUCAAAGCCAUUAAGAAGAGAAUUGUGGGUAACAAGAACUUCAGAGAAAUCAUGUUGGCCCUGACUGUGAGUAUGUAUCUGGUUCUUGAGGCAUGUGUGAAAAACUGUGGCCAUCGCUUCCACGUUUUUGUGGCGUCACAGGAGUUUGUUGAAGGAGUUUUGGUGCGAGCCAUUUUGCCCAAAUAUAACCCUCCCACUGCCCUCCAUGAUAGGGUGCUCAGUCUCAUACAGUCAUGGGCUGACUCGUUCCGUACUUCCCCCUCCCUUGCGGGCGUGGUGUAUGUUUACGAUGACCUGAGGAGACGAGGGUUGGAGUUUCCCAUGACAGACCUCGAUGCUCUAUCCCCCAUUCACACUCCCAGCAGGACCGUGCCAGAAAAUGAAACCCAUGAGUCCACAGAUGCUCCUCCCCGUCAGUCACAACCACAAACUCACUCCAGUUCUCCGACUACAAAUACUUCACCUGCAUCCCAACCCAGUGAGGGACCAGCUGCCCUGUCGGCAGUACAGAAAGACAAGUUGCAGCAAGAACUUGCACUGGUAAAGGGAAACAUUACUGUAAUGUCUGAAAUGCUGAAUGAACUUAAACCUGGACAGAGUAAGCAGGAUGACACAGAACUGCUGCAGCAACUCUACUCAGUGUGUAAGAACAUGCAGACUCGAGUGGUGGAGCUCAUCCCCCAGUUACUGGAUGAAGGUCUCAUUGAGGAGCUUCUUGCGGUUAAUGAUGACCUUAACAAUGCUUUCAUCCGUUAUGAGAGGUUUGACAGACUUAAUAGGGUACAGAUUACAAAUAUUGAAAAGAGUUCUGUCAGUGCCCUGAACCUCAUCGACCUUAGCCCAGAGCCGCCAACACUGAGCCAGCCCGCCGUCAUCACAACGAACAAUCAACCUGAAGUCAAACCGUGGACCAGUCAAAUGCAGUCGGCCAAACACAAAGACGAGGAAGAGUUUGAUAUGUUUGCUCAAACCCGAGGCAGCUCCUUAGCAGAGCUGAGAAAGAGUGUUAGGUAUGAGGACCCUGGAGCUGUAGAGGGUCUUGCUGGGGCCCUAGACUCAAGGCUGCAAGUCACAGGAAAUAUGGGACAAGUAAAAAACACACUCCAGAACAAUGUGGAUAAAUGGCUGUCUUGUGAUAUGCAAGACCAGUCUGCGGUCAGUGAGGGAGUAUCCAGUGAAGAGUUUGAUAAGUUUUUAGACGAUCGGGCAAAGGAGUCCGACCAGAGUAAUGAUACGACCUCAGCCACACUGCCUUCCACCUCCAGACUGCCGCCGCAGUCGACAAAGCAACAGGACAGUUCACAUGACCAGCUUUUUUCCCUCUAGGUUUAUAAGGCCCGGAAAAAGAGCAAAUAGAUGUAAAGUUGUUUUUGAUUUCAAACAAUCACUUGUUAUCACACUGAAAUAUGAGUACAACUAUACACAUGGCCUUGAAAACUAUGUUUCCACCAAGUGGUACAGUUCAGUUCAGCUCAUCAUGAUGCUGUUUAGAGCAAUACUGUAGAUACCUUAUUCAUCCUGUGCGGUAACUUACUGUAUAUUGUCACAGUAGCAAUAUUCACACAUAUACACCAGUAUUACUACAAUGUAAAAACCAACACACAGAUCAGCAUUGAGGAGGAAUUGAAAAAAAAAAUCUAAUCUAAGCAACAAGAAUAAAAACAGAAGAUUAUGAUGUUUCCUGUUGGUAGGUGGUAAGCAGAGGUGGGUAGAGUAGCCAAAUAUUGUACUCAAGUAAGAGUACGGUUACUUUAGACUAAUAUGACUCAAGUAAAAGUAAAAAGUAGUCUUCCAAAUACUUACUUGAGUAAGAGUAAGAAAGUACUCAAUGAAAAAACUACUCAGAGUAACUGAACAGUACUGCAUGGGGGAGACUUGCAUACACAAAAAGACCUGUACUAUACCACUGCUGCCUAAGCCACUGCAUAAUUGCAGUGAUUAAUCUGUUUAUUAUGUUUUUUUGCAUAUAAGAGUGCAUGUCUGUAUUUAUGAAAUACAUAAUGUUGAUUUAAACAUUCAUAUCUCACAUUAAAAGUUUGUCCAGAUAUAUUUUUUAAAUGUUA